AUGGCCCGAACGCGCCUCUUCAACGAGCAUCACAUCACGUCACAGAGCAAUUGGUCGCCGCGACACUGUCACUCGGCCGAGAUGCUCCCUCAACGAAUUGUGCGGGCCUCGGCCCUGCGCAGCACCAUGACGGCUGCUCGACGACUUCCCACGAUCCAACGCCGAACCUUCCUCCCCGAUCAGUACACGGACAAGAAGGUCAUUGACCAGAAGUACCCCGACCCUCCCAGCUUGAGCGAGGCCGAGGACCCCGGAAUGAACGGCGGCUACAUCAACCCUCCCCGAAUCAAGCGACAGUUCCGUGACCCUCAUGCGGGCUGGUGGGAUCCUCAGGAGCGACGAAACUUUGGUGAACCCAUUCACGAGGAUAACGAUGUUCUUGGAAUCUUUUCUCCCUGGGAGUACACCUGGACUACCGCUGGUCCUGGUGCUGUCAUGGUCGGAACUUUUAUCGCCGUUUUCCUGAGCGUUACCGGAGUUGUCUACCUCAACUAUCCCGAUCGACCUGCUUAUCCCCGAGAGUUUGAAGGUGGUCUGGAACGAGAGCUUGGUGGCCCUGGAGCUACAAGGGCUCGCAUGGAGGGUGAUGAGGAACCUUGA